AUGAAGGCAUCGGGCCAACGGAAUGCAGGAGCCAGUCCCGGGGGCCCUCUUGUGUCGGUUGCCAAACGUCGCAGCGGCGUAAGAGGAAACGUGACCCCGACCCUUGCCAGGCUGGCGGCACUGGAUGUCGCGUUGUCGGGUGCGGGACCCAGGGUGUCCGCGGCUACCACAUCAGCGGAGAUGUUAGCGACCCCUCAGCUCAACAGCGUCCCCAAAACGCGUAAUUCUGCAUCUUGCGAGGCAUCUUCUGGCACCGGCGAGUUCCCGUACAAUAGCCUUGCAGACGAUGUGCUGGAUGGGUCUUUGUCCGCCGCUCUUGCGGAUGCAAAAGCAGCCGCGGCAGCCGCCGCCCAGGCAGUUGAUACAGCUAUGGGCAGUACGGGCAGCUUUACAGCUGCCACGAGCAGUAAAAGCCUGUCGGGUGUACCAAAUGCGGCGCGCGCAUCAUCAGUAAUGCGGACGGCUGUUGCAGCUGCGGCUGCUGCAGCAGCCGCUGGCGGUGACUCUGUGGCUGCGGAGGUGCUUGCACAGAUGGUGGCAACUAAUCCACGCACCAACAGCAGCGACCUGCGCAACCUGCUUGCGCAAAGGCUUCAAGACCGUUCAGUUAUGCUUGAAAACCCGACUGCGCCAGUGAACGUGAACAAGCUCUUCCUGGUCGGCUCAACUGGGAUCGUCCUAAAGCAGAACAGCAAGAACCUUCACCUUGUGAUGCCUGGCGACCGCGUUCAAGUCGUGCCGCUCAAGGGCUGUGUUGUGCAGUACACGAUAAAUGGUACCACCCUGCAGUUUGCUGGAUGACCUUGCGCGUCAAGAGGAGAACAGGCGACAUCGCGCAUUUCGUUAGUCUUGGCAGGCUCAUGUCACGCAGCACAACACUGACUGGCCCCAGAGGUCCUCUAUGUAUCCCCUAUCAGCUCUUGGAGAAUGCAACAGACGCGAGCUAAUGGGAGCGCACACCAGCUGUGAACCCAUGCUUCCCUACAUCACAGCAACACCUCGACCCGCCACUGCUCGGCUCGCAUAACCUGUGCCCGGCGCCACACGAAUUCGAAGUACUGGACUGCGUCUUCCUUCCCGAUGCCGUUGAUUUCCGUGAACAGCUGGCCGUCUGGCGUAUCCUGCAGCUUGUGCAGUAGCGCCGCGGCAUCUGCCGCAUCAUUAGCUGCCAGUUCAGCAAUAGCAUGGCCCAGCCGCACCUUAAUAUCGGCCAGCGGCGCGCUGAGUGCAACAAGGCGUGUCAGCUGUGCCGCCCUCUCGUGCACGUUGUAGCACCACUGGGCCGUAAGCUCCAGGGGCAAUUGUUCCUGUUUCACGCCUGUCACUUCGCAGCGGUAGUUUGCCGCUGCCAGGGUUGUUGCCCGUAAGGCCGCCCAACGCUCACCGAAGACGGACUGUAAGUCUGCUACUUGGCCGGGCUUGGAGCUGGGUAGGACUAUGGGGUCAAGAAGCAGGCUUCCAAGCUCGGGCCGGGCUGCAGUACGGUCGGCAUGGGCACGUCUGCUUUAGGCGAAUUUAAGAUGUAACAUUGGGCCAAACAGCGGUGAAGUAUGUGCAGUUUUAAAAUCACCACUGCCAUUUACAUG